AUGGUGGACGGGAUGUCUCAAAGCCAAUCGGAGUGGGCCUUCCAGAGGCUUCUCAAGGAGAUGUCCGGUUCCAAGAAGGCCGCUCCUGUUGCUGCCAAGGCUGCAAGCAGUUCAGAUUCGUCCGAGGAAGAAUCUGAUGAGGAAAGUGAAGAUGAAAAACCUGCACCAAAGGCAAAACAAGAUACCAAGAGUGCUAAAAAUGAUAGUAGUAGCGAUGAAUCCGGUUCUGAUGAAUCAGAGAGUGAAGAUGAGGAAGAAACCCCAAAAAAAAAAGGCACCAUCACAGAGAUAGUGACCAUUCCAGGAGCAACACCAAGAAGCAAACAAAGGUUUGAUCGCUUCUAUGUAUGUUUUGAAGCACAAAGAUCGGCUUGGAAGUCCACUUGUAGGCCAAUCAUAGGUCUAGAUGGAGCCUUUCUCAAAUGGGAUGUGAAGGGCCAACUGAUUGCUGCUGUUGGAAGAGAUGGAGAUAAUCGAAUUGUGCCAAUUGCUUGGGCUGUAGUGGAGAUCGAAAAUGAUAUCAAUUGGGCAUGGUUCGUCAAUCAUCUAAAGAUGGAUUUGGAACUUGGUGAUGGAAGCAACUUCACAAUCAUAUCUGAUAGGCAAAAGGGUUUGUUGAAAGCUGUUCAUUUAGAGCUUCCUAAUGCAGAACAUAGAAUGUGUGCUAGACACAUUCUUGGGAAUUGGAAGAGAGAUAGCCAUGACCCUCAGCUAGAGAGAUUAUUCUGGAAUAUAGCUCGCAGUUACACUUUAGGAGACUUUCGUGAGCAAAUGAAUGAGCUUCAGAGGUACAAUCCAGUGGCGCAUCAAAACCUUCAAGUCACCAAUCCUCACACUUGGUCGCGGGCUUUCUUUAAGGUUGGUUCAUGUUGCAAUGAUAAUCUGAACAACCUUAAUGAAUCUUUCAAUAAAACAAUCCGCGAGGCAAGGCGAAAACCACUUCUUGACCUGUUAGAGGAAAUUAGGAGACAAUGCAUGGUUCGCACAGCAAAACGGUCUCUAAUUUCUAAUAGGUUGAAGACUAGGUUCACUAAACGAGCUCACGUUGCAAUAGAAUCUGCUAUAGCUAAGGGUCAGGAUUGUAUUAGAUAUAUGGCUACUGGUAAUGUCUUCGAAAUUGACGACCAUGGCUGCUAUUAUAGUGUUGAUAUGAAUCUGAAAACUUGUGGUUGUGGGAUGUGGAAACUAAAUGGAAUUCCAUGUAAUCAUGCCGCUUGUGUGAUCUCCGCAAAGAAGCAAAAAGUGGACGAUUACGUUUCAGAUUACUACACCACUAUAAAAUGGAGAAAGACUUAUGAGCAUAGUAUUAGGCCCGUUGAAGGGAUGAAGUUGUGGCCAAUGUUGAACAGGCUACCUGUCUUGCCUCCACCAAAUAGGUUAGGUAAUAGAGGAAGGCCAAGUAAUUAUGCUAGAAAGAAAAGCGCCAAUGAAUCAUCUUCACAGUCAACAAAAAAGAAGGACAUACCAAAGUUAGUUGUUCAAAUCCGAGGGUCGAACCCGAGCCUAAACGACCACGAGGUCGCCCAAGAAAGGAUCAGGAAGGAGGGUCACAGCUUGGUUCACAAGGUGGAUCACAGCUUGGAUAAUGAAGAUGAUGGUUCCUUUGUUUUGUUUACUUUUGAUUUUGCGAUGGUUUUCAUGUCGUGA